GACUACGAUUUAUGUUAUCGUUCUCAAAUUGAAUCUGUCAAUCGCAAAAUCUCUCUCCUGGGUUUGGGUUCAAAGAGGGAGAGAGAAACUCUGGUAAUUCUCUAUCAUCUUGUUGGUGAGAGAGAUUUCAAGAGAAAGAAGCCAAAAGAAGUGGGAGUUGGAAGAUGGUGAUGUGGGUAUUUGGGUAUGGUUCUCUAAUUUGGAAAGCAGGCUUUAACUAUGAUGAUCGCCUCUUCGGUUUCAUCAAAAACUACCGCCGUGUCUUCUACCAGGGUAGUACUGACCACAGAGGAACUCCAGAGUACCCGGGAAGAACAGUCACAUUGGAGCCUGCAGAGGGAGAGAUUUGUUGGGGAGCUGCCUACAAGAUCUCCGGGAAGGAAGACAAAGAGACUGCAUUGACGUAUUUAGAAGUGAGGGAAAAGCAAUACGACCAGAAGGCUUAUGUUGAUUUCUUCACUGAUCCUGUGGCAUCAAAACCAGCUAUUUCUGGUGUAAUGGUAUAUGUAGCAUCUCCUGACAAGAAGCUCAACCCGAACUACUUGGGCCCUGCAUCACUCGAAGAAAUUGCCAAACAAAUUAUUCAUGCAGAAGGCCCCUCAGGACCCAACAGAGACUACCUUUUCCAACUUGAAAAGGCCCUUAUUCAAUCUGGAUGUGAAGACAAACAUGUUUCGGAUCUUGCAAAUGAAGUGCGGCGCACCCUUUUAGAGAGUGAGCUUGCUCGUUCAUGAGCUGGGACCUCAUGAAACCCUAGACAUGAGGAUCCCUACUCAAUCAUUCUUUAGAACCUACAUUGAAGGAUACUUACAGCUAAUGCUUGGAGACAUAUUAAUUAUUAUGAUUCAAAUUUUGGGAAUCUAUAUGAAAUCCCCUUUCUUAUUAAAUGAACAUUUUCAUUAUGGACGAGUUGAGUUUUAUAGAACCUUUUUUUCCUUUUUUUUUU